AGCUUAGAAAAACCGUCGCCGCAGUGACCAAAGAGCGGGAUUUGGCUGUGAAGGAGAAACACCAGCUCCGAGCCAAGCUGGAGAACUUAGAGCAAGUCCUAAAGCAUAUGCGAGAGGCUGCUGAACGGCGGCAACAGCUGGAACUGGAGCAUGAGCAAGCCUUGGCUGUCCUCAAUGCAAAGCAGAAGGAAAUUGAACUCCUGCAGAAGGCUCAGGUUGAAGCUAAGAAAGAACAUGAAGGUGCCGUCCAGCUGCUAGAGACCACUUUGGACAGCAUGCAGGCCAAGGUUCGCGAGCUAGAGGAGAAAUGUCGUACACAGAGUGAGCAGUUCAACCUCCUCUCCAAGGAACUGGAACGGUUUCGGCAGCAAGCGGGGAAGAUUGAUCUCCUAAGCAGCAACUCAUUGGCUUCCUCAGAUAUCCCUGUCUCCCCUAGCAAAUCUCUGUCGCAGUUAAUGAAUGGAAUUGCUACAUCUUUAGGCAAAGGUCAUGAAAGCUCCUCUGGAGGCCACGGCGUGAUCUCAGAGUAUAUACGACCUUUGCAGCUCUCUGGUGACAAACCAGAGCAAUUGUCCAUCAAGCCAACUUUCCUGUCCCGGUCACAAUCUGGCAGCCCAGGAUGCAGAUUUGAAUCAGACAUGGAUAAUGAACGGAAUUCUAAUACCUCAAAGCAGAGAUACUCGGGAAAAGUCCACCUUUGCAUUGCCCGAUAUAGUUACAACCCAUUUGAUGGACCAAAUGAAAAUCCCGAAGCAGAGCUCCCGCUCACAGCAGGAAAAUACCUCUAUGUAUAUGGAGACAUGGAUGAAGAUGGCUUCUAUGAAGGUGAGCUUCUAGAUGGACAGAGAGGCCUGGUCCCUUCCAACUUUGUGGAUUUUGUGCAGGACAAUGAAUCCCGUUUGUCGACCGGGCUGAGCAGGGAGCAGGACCAGAAUUACAUCAACCACAUCGGUCAUGCCUUGGAUGGAGGUGGCCUUUUGGAGAUCAACCCACCAAGCCACUUAGAGUCCAGUGUCGUUAAUAAUGGUGCCGGGACCCUGGAUGUGAACAUUGAUGAGAUUGGAGAAGACAUUGUGCCUUAUCCUAGAAAAAUUACCCUUAUCAAACAACUAGCCAAAAGUGUUAUUGUGGGCUGGGAGCCUCCGGUCGUGCCACCUGGAUGGGGAACCAUUCAUAGCUACAAUGUUCUGGUAGACAAAGAAAUACGGAUGAAUGUCUCCUUGGGGAGCAGAACUAAAGCUCUCAUAGAAAAACUUAACAUUGCUACCUGCACGUAUCGAAUAUCCAUUCAGAGCAUAACCAGUAGGGGCAACUCCGAUGAGCUCCAGUGCACUUUGUUGGUGGGGAAGGAUGUCAUUGUGGCACCGUCCCACCUUAAGGUGGACAACGUGACCCAGAUUUCUGCUGAGCUCACCUGGCUCCCAACCAACAGCAAUUACAGUCAUGUGAUCUUCCUCAAUGAAGAAGAGUUUGACAUUGUCAAGGCUGCCAGAUACAAGUAUCAGUUUUUUAACCUGAAGCCCAACAUGGCCUACAAGGUGAAGGUACUGGCCAAACCUCACCAGAUGCCCUGGCAACUUCCACUGGAGCAACGGGAAAAAAAAGAAGCCUUCGUAGAGUUUUCUACUUUGCCAGCAGGUCCACCGGCGCCCCCUCAAGACAUUAGAAUCCAGGCUGGACCAACACCAGGAACUAUCCUGGUUUCUUGGAAGCCACCAAUGCUCACGGCAACAGGGACCUCCAAUGGGGCCACCGUCACUGGCUACGGCGUUUAUGCAAAAGGUCAAAGGGUGGCAGAAGUGAUCUUUCCCACGGCAGAGAAUACCAUGGUGGAACUAACAAGAAUCCGGAACCUGGAAGCUAAGGAAGUUCUCGUCCGGACACUUUCGGCCCAAGGGGAAUCGGUGGACUCCUUGAGUGCAACCAUUCCACCUGACCUACUGGUGCCUCCAACCCCUCUCCCCCGGCCAGCUCCCAAAUCUAAGCCACUACCAAGUGCCGGCAUCCCAGAUACCAAAGACGAACAUUUAUGUCCGCAUGUAAAAAGGGAUGAGACAUGGGAGCAGGCCCGUGCGGCAUCCCCCGUUCACGGACACACCCUGGAGCCUCCCAACUUCCACAGCCCCCUCCAGGGGAGAAGGUCACCCUCUCCAAACCGGAUACUCCCUCAGCCACAAGGCACGCCCGUCCCCAACACUGUUGCGAAGGCCAUGGCCCGAGAAGCUGCUCAGCGGGUUGCAGCGGAGAGCAACAGGCUGGAGAGGCGAAGCAUGGUUGCCGAAAGGAGCAGCGCUGUGCAUUACACGAACUCUGACGAAGAAGAGGACGGCUAUGAUUCACCUCGCAUCAAAAGGAAAGGGGCGUCGGUGGAUGACUUCUUGAAAGGCUCUGAGCUUGGGAAGCAGCCCCACUAUUGCCAUGGGGAGGAGUACCACACAGAGAGCAGCCGGGGCUCCGACCUGUCGGACAUCAUGGAAGAAGAUGAGGAAGAGCUAUACUCCGAGAUGCAGCUGGAGGAUGGAGGCAGGAGAAGAGUCAGUAUCACUUCGCAUAACACACUCAAGCUCUUAGGUAACCCAUCCUCUUCUGGACGACCAGACAGGGUGGAACACCCGGGGAGAAGAGUACCGCAUGGCGGAGCGGGACCACAGAGGUUGCGGACCAUGUUGGUUCCUUCUAUUGAGAUUACAAUGGACAGUAACAGUGAAGGUGCUCGGUCUCGGUCAGGUAGUGAGGGAAAUAUUUCCCCCGUAAAAGAAGAAGCGUAUUAUCGCAACAUUGGCGGACACAGGAAAUGGUGCCGGCAACGUACCGUGACCUCUCACUAUAGAUACGAUGGAUACAGUAGCCGAGAACGUUUGUCACCAGAAGUUUAUGAAGAAUCGGAAACUGAUCCUGGUGCAGAGGAAGUGUCCACACGGAUCUUUGUCGCCCUUUUUGACUACGAUCCACUGACCAUGUCUCCUAACCCUGAUGCAGCAGAAGAGGAACUUCCAUUCAAAGAAGGGCAGAUCAUCAAGGUUUAUGGCGAUAAAGAUGUUGAUGGGUUUUACCGGGGAGAAACCUGUGCAAGACUGGGCCUUAUCCCCUGCAAUAUGGUCUCCGAAAUCCAAGCAGACGAUGAAGAAAUGAUGGAGCAGCUUCUGAAGCAAGGGUUUCUCCCUCUCAACACCCCUAUCGAAAAAAUAGAAAGGAACCGAAGGACCAGCCAUCAACCUGCAGCACCAACGAGGAGAAUGGUGGCGUUAUAUGACUACGAUCCAAGGGAGAGUUCUCCUAAUGUUGAUGUGGAGGCUGAGUUAACAUUUUGUACAGGAGACAUUAUUACUGUUGUUGGAGAAAUCGAUGAAGACGGGUUUUAUUAUGGUGAGCUUAUUGGUCAGAAGGGCUUGGUUCCUUCAAAUUUUCUUGAAGAAGUGCCUGAUGAUGUCGAAGUGUAUUUAUCGGAUGCCCCAUCACGAUAUGCUCAAGAUACACCAAUACGUACAAAAGCAAAAAGGGUUCCUCCUCAGAAUACAGGUACCUCACCAAGGAGAGCACCAUCCCCCACAGUCCAUCUCCAUUCGGGGUCACCUCCGUCAUCUGUGGGUUCUGGUAGUCCUGGGAGAGGCAGGGAAUUACCCUCGAAAAAGAAAAAGGGGCUGCUAUCCAAGGGGAAGAAGCUCCUGAAAAGGCUUGGUGCAGUGAAAUGA